UGAGCUUGAAAACUUUGGGCAAACGUGACAACAUUUAAACCAAACUGCACUCUCAUUCACUACAUAUCCCGCGCCUUUCCCACCAUUCUAUACAACACACUCACACUCCCUCUCACCCUCUCACUCUCUCACUCUCACUGAGCUUCUUCCAACCUUCCCCCAAAACCACCAUGGAUAACAGCAGAAAAUCUCCGUUGAAGCCUUGGAAGAAAGGCCCGACGAGAGGCAAAGGCGGCCCUCAGAACGCCUCCUGCGAAUACCGCGGCGUUCGGCAAAGAACUUGGGGCAAAUGGGUGGCUGAAAUCAGAGAGCCUAAGAAGAGAACCAGGCUGUGGCUGGGCUCUUUUGCUACGGCUGAGGAAGCUGCCAUGGCCUAUGACGAUGCUGCCAGGAGACUCUACGGCCCCGAAGCUUUUCUCAACCUUCCUCACCUUCAACCCAGCUCCAAUCCUUCACUCAAAUCUCAAAAAUUCAAGUGGUUCCCUUCCCACAACUUCAUUUCCAUGUUUCCUUCGUGCGGUUUGCUCAACAUCAAUGCGCAGCCGAGCGUUCAUGUCAUUCAUCAGAGGCUCCAAGAACUUAAGCAAAAUGGGGUUCUUGGUCACACCACCCCUUCCUCUAGUUCUUCCUCCUGUGAUUCAAAAUCUGAGGCUCACAUCCUGAGUGACAAAACCGAGAUGCGAAAUGUUGCAGAGAAGGAGAAGGAUGUCGAAAUUUCAUCUGAAAAAGAGGCGGAAGACUACCAGGAGAAGCCACAGAUGGAUCUCAAUGAGUUUCUUCAGCAACUGGGAGUACUGAACAAGGAGACACAAUCAGAGGCAACUGAGACAACAGAAAGUUUUACAGCUCCGGAAUUUUCGAUCGGAGAAGUUCAUGAUGAAUUCGGACCCUUUGCUGACAAGAAUAUCAAUUGGGAUGCAUUGAUUGAGAUGCACGGGAUUUCAAACCAAGGAGCAGAUGCUGGUACCUUUCAAGUUUACGAUAUGAAUGAAGAGCCUUCCUUCCCCACUUCCAUUUGGAACUUCUAAGAGAAAAUUAAGAAUAAGCUUGUUUAACAAGAUGGAAGAGUACGACGUGCUUUCACCGGAGGAGUUUGUAAGAGAUCGGUGAUUUGUCGUCGCUUAAACAUAGGCUAUAGUUCAGUGAGUAAUGUUUUCUUGCCAUAUAAUCAGUAUGUUAUAUCGUUAGACUGUCAAUUUGCUAAUCAUCUCCAUCCAUAACUCUUCAGUGACAUUUCUGUUCAUGAAUGAGCUGGUUGAAAUCAGUUUCACUCUACUUUUAGCAGUUAUGGA